UCGCGGAUUCUGGGCAUAAUCCCCGCCGAACCUCCGUCAAUGACUCACCGGGGCCGCGUCGCGCACACAUCAUUCGCAUUGAGCGUUCUCUAUCUCCAAAUGCAAGAACAAUCCACUGUGGUACAAAUCGAGCCAGAUAGUUCAAUGAAUUUGACAGGAAGCUCGAAAGAAGGGCAACAAGUCGAUACAGUCGUCGAAUUCUCAUUCGAUACGGGCCCGAGUGAUUUGAUCGAAACUCAAGCUGACGACUCGAUGGAACCUUGUCUAUCUUAUGCAAUGAGCGGGGACUACGGAAGGGAAGGUUUCCUCUUUUUAACCCCAGAAAACUCUCUCCUUCUGUCCCAGAACGCUCUAUGGGAUCACCUUUCUACGCAACUCAGAGCCUUGGGAGUCGGCCCUCAAAUUAUCAAGAGCUUUGUCGACUGUCAUUCCGAAAACCUUCAACUAUUCGACUAUAUUGUGUAUAGAUUCAUCUCUCAGGAGGAGUCGGCCAAGAUGGUCAAAUUGUCCGUUGGCCUAGCAGACUGU